CGCGUGUUUCCACCUUCACGUCGCACAGAUUUUCUGUUUUCCCUAUUUGUACUUUAUAACCAUGACCAAAGGCCGGAAGUUCGUCUAAUAUUUACUUUCGUUUUUUCUCUUCUUAAACUUGCCAUUUGGCAUGAAUACAGAGAUCCUUCUUCCAACAUGCCACGGUACUAUUGUGACUAUUGUGAUACAUACUUAACACAUGACUCGCCAUCUGUUAGAAAGCAGCACAAUGCAGGAUACAAGCACAAGGCAAAUGUGCGCACCUAUUACCAACAAUUUGAAGAGCAGCAAACUCAAAGCUUAAUUGAUCAAAAGGUGAAAGAGCAUCUUGUAGGGCAGACCACAUUUCAGCAGCAAGUUGGUGUAGCUUUUAACCAGCAUCUUGGUUCUCUCCCUUCAACACUACCAAGACCUCGCCUUCCUGUCCUUCCACCUCCUGUCAUCCCAGUUGGUACAUCGUCACAAGUUCAUCCAAAUAUGAUGCCAGGAGUUCGUCCUCCCCUUUUUCCACGUCCUGCUCCUGGAUAUCAUAUGCCACCUGUUGUGAUGCCGCCUGGUGCAUCCUCUGUCUCUAUGCAGCCUAAUGGUUUGCCCGGGCCACCAGCUUCUAGCAUGGCCUCAUCAGCGCCAGGUGCACCAUCAUUACCUAGUAAUGGUGCUCCUCCUGGCAGUAACCCUGGAGGGUAUCUAGUGACUCCAACUAUGAUGGGUUCAGCAUCGGGUGGAACUCCCACCAGUUUGUCACAGACGUCCGCUGCUUCAUCUCUGCCUAGUCAUGUCUAUGCUGCUGCACCACAGCCACAUGGUUUGCCGAGAGUGGGUCCUGGAGGGGCUGCACCAACUUCAGUUUCAUCACAGGACGGUUAUGGCUAUGGUCAAGCUCCUGAUUCCAGUCACUCCAACCCAGCUUAUUAAAAGUGAAACUUGUUCUCUACAAGUUUUUCGUUUCCUUUUUCUGUUUUUUGGGUUUCAGAUGCUUGCAUAGGUUGGUUUCGGAAAAUUAAUGGUUGAGGGUGUGAGGAAGCUUCUUCCAAACACAGCCUGGGUUGAAAUCAUUAACCAUGGGCUUAGUUCUGAAGGGCCGUGUGUGAAGACUGCUCCGCUGAUAAAACAUAAACAUGAGAUCAGACCGGGCUAUUUUGUAGAGAACAGUGUACUUCAAUUGUUUGGGUCGAUAUCGAAAAACAAAACAAAUUAAAACAAUUAGCCAGUUUAUAAUAUCAUUGCAGAAGUUAAUUUAA